UCCAGGAUCGCUGCGGGCACCGCUGCUUGCUGCUGGGGGCACGUCAGGUACCGGCUGUGGCGACUGCUGUUCUGCCCGGCAUGGGGCUGCUGACUGGAAUGUUGGGACCCCUGGCAGUGGCCGUGGUCAUCUUCCUGCUCCUGGUGGACCUCAUGCACCGGCGAGUCCGCUGGGCCCCUCGAUACCCGCCAGGCCCCAGGCCCUUGCCUGGGCUGGGCAACCUGCUGCAUGUGGACUUUCAGAACAUGUCCUAUUCCAUGAACCGGCUACGCAGCCGCUUCGGGGACGUUUUCAGCCUGCAAGUGGCCUGGACACCGAUGGUUGUGCUCAAUGGGCUGUCGGCGGUGCGAGAGGCGCUGGUGCAGCACAGCGAGGCCACCUCAGACAGGCCCCCUGAACCCUCCUACGAGCACCUGGGUUUCCACUCACACUCUGAAGGCGUGAUUCUAGCGCGCUACGGGCAGGCGUGGCGCGAGCAGCGGCGCUUCUCCGUGUCCACCAUGCGCAACUUCGGCCUGGGCAAGAAGUCACUGGAGCAGUGGGUGACAGAGGAGGCCGGCUGCCUCUGCGAGGCCUUCAGCGACCAUGCUGGACGCCCCUUUAGUCCCCGCCUCCUUCUGAAUAAAGCCGUGAGCAACGUGAUCUCCUCCCUCAUCUACGCGCGCCGCUUUGAGUACAGGGACCCGCGCUUCACCAAGCUGCUGGAGAUAAUGGACACGGCCCUGGAGGAAGACUUUGGUUUGAUGCGUGAGGUUCUGAAUUCUAUCCCGGUGCUUCUGAAAAUCCCGGGGCUCCCUGCCAAGGCCUUCCCAGGGCAGACUGCCAUGAUGGCCAUGCUGGAUGAGCUGAACACGGAGAACAGACAGACCUGGGACCCCACACAGCCACCUCGAGCCCUGACUGAUGCCUUCCUGGAGGAGGUGGAGAAGGCCAAGGGGAACCCCGAAAGCAGCUUCAGUGAUGCCAACCUGCGCAUGGUGGUGGCGGACCUUUUUACUGCCGGGAUGGUGACCACCUCGACCACACUGGCCUGGGCCCUGCUGCUCAUGAUCCUGCACCCCGACGUGCAGCGUCGUGUCCAGCAGGAGAUCGAUGAGGUGGUCGGGCAGGCACGGCCACCAGAGAUGGGAGACCAGGCCCGCAUGCCCUACACCAUGGCCGUGAUCCACGAAGUGCAGCGGUUUGGGGACAUAGUUCCAAUGGGUUUACCCCACAUGACAUCCCGUGAUGUUGAAAUCCAGGGCUUCCUCAUCCCCAAGGGGACGACGCUGCUCACCAACCUGUCAUCGGUGCUGAAGGAUGAGACUGUCUGGGCGAAGCCACUCCAAUUCCACCCAGAGCACUUCCUGGAUGCCCAGGGCCGCUUCGUGAAGCACGAGGCCUUCAUGCCCUUCUCAGCAGGUCGGCGUGCAUGCCUCGGGGAGCCCCUGGCCCGCAUGGAGCUCUUCCUCUUCUUCACCUGCCUCCUGCAGCGCUUCAGCUUCUCGGUGCCCGCAGGCCAGCCCAGGCCCAGCGACCACGGCAUCCCUGGCUUCCUAGUGAUCCCAGCCCCCUACGAGCUCUGUGCUGUGUCUCACUAAGCCCCGACACCCAGUCUCUGCUGUGGAUCCAAAUGCUCAAUAAAGCAUCCUAGGCCUGGGCCUGA